GGCAGAUCACGUCGUUUUUUGAAUCCACACACAUCAGUCUGUACCGUUAUCCCGUUAUCGAGGGUGGUGUUUUUAGGUGAUUUUAGGUGUUUUUAGGUGAUUUUUUGGGGGGUGUUUGUGUUUCAGCUCGGCCUCAACACACGGAGCAGCCGCCUGUUCGACCUCCAGAGACUUAACCGUGUUUAUUUCCGUUUUUCCGUACUUUUUCUCAUCGUUAAUUUACCGUUAAACUAGCUCAACGUUAACGGUUGGCGAGUUUGCUAGCUUGUGUGUGUGUGUGCGGCGUCACCAUGGUAACGCUCCGUGCCAGAGGCACCGGGGACGCGGACCGGAGCAGCCGGCGACCGGAGCAGCGGCAGCAGAGCCCGGCCACGACCACCGAGACCCCGCCGCGGGCUCCACCGGAGACCCGGGUCCGGAGCACAGGACCCCGGUCGGGGGAAGCCGGACUGUCCGACGGUUUUCGGGGUUUUAAUGCCGAAGACGACGAACAGAAUCCGGCUGAGGAUGAAGAAGAGAAACCAGCAAUCAGUAAAUCUCAGAGGCCUCAACACACAGCCGGUGUCGGGCCGAGAAGAAGCACCAGGUCCACCAAACCCACCAGCAGGUAUCAGACCUCCAACAUAUUCGACAGCAUCAGCACCAGCGCGUCCGAAGGAUGGAGCCUGACGGGGAUGGACAACAUAGAGGACAAGAGGUUGCUAAGCAACAACAAGGAAGGAAAGAUCUACGGUAAAGCGGCGAGCAGCAGAACUCCGGCGGCUCCGCAGAACGAGCUCAGCGACAGCGAGGAUCCAAACGGUGGAGGCGGAGCCGUCGACGAGGAGGACGGCAGACAGGAAGUGGCAGGAAGCAGACAGGAAGCGGCCGCGGAUGACGACAGCAGCAGCCGCAGCACCAACCAGAACUUUGACGCCAAACUGAGCCGAGCCUCGUCGCUGUACCAGGGUCCCGGCAACGAGUUCCCGAGAGGGACGUUCAGGGUCAGCGCCUCCGGACUGAACACCACCCGCAGAGCAGCGUUCAGGCCCACGAAGAGCAUGUUGUCCAUCCAGUCGGACGAGGACAACGACUCCGACGAAGACGCGCCGAACGCUGGAAAAGUCUCCGGAAGCGGUCGGCGUCCGGAGAACCCUCUGGGGACUCGCAGAGACAAGAUCAACGCCGGGGCAGGUCUGGCAGAUAUCGAUCCCAUGGCCAUCGACCAAUCGGUGAGUUCAGACCAUAACAUAGGUGGGGUCAGCAGCUCGAGUCUGUGGGCACAUCUCACCUGAAGAGAUGUCGUCUUCCCGCUUCUCUACCCAGAAGUCUUUGACAACUUCCACAUUCAGCCUCCCAGAGGUUGUCUGUUUUACGGGCCUCCUGGGACGGGGAAAACGCUGGUCGCCCGGGCGCUGGCCAACGAGUGUAGCCAUGGCAACAGGAAGGUGGCCUUCUUCAUGAGGAAGGGGGCGGACUGCCUCAGCAAGUGGGUCGGCGAGUCAGAGCGCCAGCUGCGCCUGCUGUUUGAGCAGGCGUAUCAGAUGCGUCCGUCCAUCAUUCUCUUCGACGAGAUCGACGGCCUGGCUCCGGUCCGGUCCAGCAGACAGGACCAGAUUCACAGCUCCAUCGUCUCUACGCUCCUGGCCCUGAUGGACGGGUUGGACAGCCGAGGCGAGGUCGUCGUCAUCGGGGCGACGAACCGUCUGGACGCCAUCGACCCGGCGCUGCGACGGCCCGGACGCUUCGACAGGGAGUUCCUCUUCGGGCUGCCGGACCGAGAGUCUCGUAAAGAGAUCCUGAGAAUCCACACCGGGAAGUGGGAACCUCGUCCGGCGGAAGACUUCCUGGACGAGCUCGCCGAGAAGUGCGUCGGUUACUGCGGCGCCGACGUCCGGGCGGUGUGCACCGAGGCGGCGCUGUGCGCCCUGCGCCGCCGCUACCCUCAGAUCUACGCCACCUCCCAGAAGCUGCUCCUGGACGUCUCCUCCAUCACGGUCGGCGGCUGCGACUUCGCGGCGGCGAUGAGGAAGAUACCCCGGCCUCGCGGCGGUCCCCGCCCCCUCGCCCCCGCGCCGCGUCGCCCGGGGUGCCCCCGCGGGGCGCCGCGCUGCCCCACCCCUGGGCCUCAGGGCUUUCCCCCCAGGCGGGGGCUGAAAGGAAAGGGAGCCGGUUCUGACCUCUGGUGCCUUGACGGACCUGCACGGGGGAAACACCCUCCCCGGUUCCCCUCUCCCCCCUCCACCUCCAAGACCAGACACGUCCUGCACUUUCCCCCGGGUGCAGGAUGCCGGAACCCCGGUCCCCACCGUCCCAGGAUGCUCCUGGCGGGCCGGCCUGGUGCCGGUCAGACCUCCCACCUGGCGCCCGCGGUUCUGCACGCUCUGGAGCGCUUCCCCGUCCACAGCCUGGACUCUGCCGUGCUGUUCGGGGUCAGCGGCACCUCGCCGGAGGAGGCCUGCGCCCAGGUGUUCUGCGAGGCCAAGCGGACGUCUCCCAGCGUCCUCUACAUGCCCCACAUCCAGCAGUGGUGGGACACGGCCGGGUCCUCGCUGAGGGCGUCCUUCCUCAGCCUGCUGGGCAGCAUCCCCUCCCUGUCCCCCAUCCUCCUCCUCGCCACCUGCAGCGUCCCCCACCAGCACCUGGACCCGGAGAUUCAGUUUCUGUUCCGGGUGGAGUAUGGGGAGGUUUACACCAUCCGGGUCCCCACGCGGCUGGAGAGGACCGACUUCUUCCAGGACCUGAUCCUAAACCAGGCGGCCGAGCCGCCGCCCUCCACGAAGAGAGCACUGACUCGGGCCCUGGAGAUCCUCCCCCUGGCCCCCCCGCCCCCCCACCGCCAGCUGCCAGAGCAGGACCGCCUCCAUCUGGAGGAGCAGGAGGAGGACGUGCUGCGGGAGCUCCGCCUCUUCCUGCGCAACGUCACCGAGCGUCUGAGUCUGGACCGCCGCUUCAGGGCCUUCACCAGACCCGUCGACAUCGAGGAGGUCCCGGACUACAUGCUGGUGAUCAGGAAGCCGAUGGACUUCUCCACGCUAACGACCAACAUCGACGAGCAGAAGUACGUCACCGUCGGCGAGUUCAUGGCGGACGCGGACCUCAUCUGGCAGAACGCCCUGGAGUACAACCCGGACAGCGACCCCAUGGACCGUCACAUCCGUCACCGUGCGUGCGCCCUGAAGGACACGGUGCGCGCCAUCAUCCGGGACGAGCUGGACGAAGACUUCGAGAGAGUUUGCGAGGAGGUGAAGGCGUCGCGCUGCAGGAGAGCGUCUCUCAGCGAUCCGCAGGGCAGCUCGGAGACGGCCGACGGCACCACUAGCCCCCCACCGGAGCGCAGCAGCGGCUGUGAGACGAGCGCCAACGCGGCCGCCCUGGAGCAGAUGCAGCUGUUUAACAGAGCCGCCGUAUCCGUGGCGACCGUGGACGGGGACGCGCCGCCGCUGGUCGUCGAUCACGGCAAACUGAGGGACCUCCUCAGCAGAGCCGUGGUCCAGACGGAGACCUCCGAGGUGGAGGCCCUGGAGAAGCUCUACGCCGUGCUGGCUCAGAGCGUCUACCGCCACCGCCGCCGCCACGACAAGACGGAGCUCGCCCAGGAAAUGCAGAGAGAGAUCGAGAGCUUCUCCUGAUCCCAUCAGGUUUAUUUUAAUAAAACUCAGUGAUUAAAACAGG